UUUGGUCAUUGGGGGGGACCGGCGGCGGCUGCGGCUGCCGGGGAGCGGUACGCGGCGGAAGGGGGCGCGGAGCGGUCGCGUGCGCGGAGGGCAGCUCUGGGCGCGGUGCGGUUGCGGUUGCUGCGGGCGCUCAGGGGCCCUGGGAACAAUGGCGCUGUGCGCGCGGGCCGCGCUGCUGCUGCUGCUGCUGCUGGGCGCGCUGCAGGUGCUGGCGCUGCCGGGGGCCGCGGCGGACGGUGAGGACCCUCAGGGCUCUCCAAGUGGAAAUCACUCUGUGCCUCUGCUGCCCUCCCAUGUUAACGUCACAGAAAAUACCACUGUGCAUAUGGCUUCCAACCAGACCAGUAAAGUUAACAACAGCACUUUGAAGCCAUUAGUAACUUCAGGACUGCCAAGAAAUGUCACAACUGUCACUGUGAAACCUGCAACUAUUGCUAAAACAUCAACACCAAGGGUCUCAUCACACGUGACUUCUACUGCCUCAAAGUCUACACCCAAAGCAAGUGCUUCCCCAAAAUCAACCCAGACGGCAGCAUCCAUGAUGACCACAGGCCACAACAGCUUAAAGACAUCUAUAACGAUCACAGCGACUGUCCAUUCUGACAAGAGCAAAGGAUCAAAGUUCGACACCGGCAGCUUUGUUGGAGGAAUAGUGUUAACUCUGGGAGUCCUGUCUAUUCUCUACAUUGGAUGCAAAGUGUAUUAUUCAAGGAGAGGCAUUCGGUAUCGAAGCAUUGAUGAACAUGAUGCCAUCAUUUAAAUUACUCCACUGGCCAAGGAAAGAAGAGAGACUGCAGCCCUAUCAAAUAGUUUGGUUUAUAUUAGCCUGAAAUAUUAUUUUCUUGGAAAUAGUAUAAGCAAGUCAUAUAUAAAAUGAACAAUGUGUUCCAUGAAUAUCUGAAAAUCCCUUAUUAUUAAAGGUAAAGGGUGUAGUCUGGGCAGUUCAUUGAUUUUGGAGCUAACAGGUAAUUUAUCCAGUGAUUAAGUUUACUUUAGAAAGUCAUAGCAAGACAAGUCCUAUCCUUCAGAGGAUGCCAUGACACUGGUUGUCACCGAGGGGCAGGAUCCCACAGAAUUGCAGAGCCUAUUGCAGCGGUGUCUGGUUGGUCACAUAACAAACCUAAGUGCCAUUCAGUGCUGGGGUGUGUCCUGAUUUACACCUUGGGUUCCACAGCUCAGCUAACCAGCAAACCUUAGGAAGCCCCCGCAUUUUAGGGUUUCUAGUCAGGGUUGACCUGGCGAGAACUUGCGCUCCGAUGCAUCCCUCACAGCACUGUGGAGCCUGGCCUUCACUAACCACCUUUUCUCAGCUCUCCGUCUCUGCUUCUUCCUUUCGGCAUGAAUUGCAGCAUGCUGCCGCACUUGCCAUGCUUCUCAACUGCAGCAGGCCUGGCAAUCUAGGAGAACAAGUGGACUGCCGCUGUGGGCACCUGUCACACCGCUGGAAACCGCUGUGCACACGCGCUUGUCAAUUAAGUUUUAGUGAAUGCUUUUCAGGCAAUGUAGAGCUGCUCUCCAUAUUCAGAAAUUUUAUAUGACACCCAAAUCAGUGUUUAGAAAUCUAUAUUGGCAGCAAAAUGCUGUUUGGUAAACCAGGGAUCAUGACCCCUACCCCGCCCCAGGUCAAUAAACCUACAGGGUGGAGAUGCUGUAUUUUUUACACUAUCAACUUACUCAGUUUUGAGAAAAUUACUUUUUUAUACUAAGCUGUAUUUUGGAGUAAAUUCCAACUUCCUUAUCCCCAGGCCCAUUCCUUGCCCUGGAAAGGGAGCUACAUCUGGUCCCCCCAGCAGCUACAUCUGGUCCCCCAGCAGCUACAUCUGGUCCCCAGCAGCAGCAUCUCUGCAUUGAGUUCUAUAGUUUAUUCCAAGUCAAACUCAGGGUCAAGUUUAACAGAGGAGGUGUUUAGUGUCAAAAUACUAAUAUAAUAUUUCUAUUGCAGAGGGCCAGAAUAAAUUACAGGAAUUUCUGAAAGUGUAGCAAUAAGCCAAAAAUGUCCUAAUGAGUGCUCACCUGUUACAGCUAAAAAUCUAAGCGUAACUUUUGUAAUCUGCUGCUGGUUUUCAAAAAACUAAAACUACCAGGAAAUUUUUAUAUAAAUUAGAAUCAUUUCUACUUGCUGUAUAUAAGGGCCAACCAAUGUGUUAAAACAUUGACUCCUCAAAUCUACAUUAAUCCAGAGAGAAAGGAGGAAAUGUUAGGAAAUGGGGCACGGGCUUAGGCUGGUCUCAAGUGUGGGCUGACGGGAAAUUGGUGCUUUCCUCUCUUCAGGAUGAGGUUGAAGAUGCUGUAGAGGUGAGGGUCUUGUUUGCUGCGUCCCUGAUACUGCAGUCCUGGCUAAUGAGCUCCUUGAAGACUUGUUUCUUCAGCACUUUGAAGACAGAACCACUUUCUUAAAGUGCUGUCUUAGAAACUUUAGAAGCUUGCCCUACUUUCCUCUGAUUUGGGGAUUAAAAAGUAAAGGUACAUUUUUUUUUUAAUUUGUUACUUUCAAAUACCAGGACUUUUAUUGAAGGGAUUUCUUUUUAAUCUGCCAAAAUGGAGCCCAUUUCCUAGGCAUAAGUCUGUCUUCCAAGACCGGCUUCAGCAAACGCUCGCCCUUCCUGGCUUCCCUAGAGAGUAUGUUAGGAUAAAACAGUCCUAGAUGGUCAUUGUACACCAGGCAAGGCUACUCUGGCUUUAAAUUUUACUUCAGAAAUUCUAUGAAAGGGAUAAUUCUAAGGUAGAGAAAUUAGAGUUGGUAACAUAUUUUAUGAUGCCAUAAUUUUGUAUCUUCUGGGAACAUUGGCAAACUCUUGUUACUGUUUGUCUAUAAUGACCAGUUUUGGUAUCUCCUUGUUACUAAGAUCUAUUUUUAGAAUAAAAUCUGUUCUCCAUUCAAA